ACACAUGAACACGGCGGCUCUUUCCCUUUUUUUUUUUUUUUUUUUCUUUCUUUUCGUGUUUAGGUUGCUGUUUUGGGCUCGGCUGCUGCCUAUCUUGCGUGCUGGCAGCGCUGCACGGCCAGUCACUCAAACCUCUGAUUACCGUGCUUCGAGCAUGGUAGUGUCGAUCCAGUUCUGAGAAUUACUCUGCCGAGUCCGCAAGUUUCUAUCUUGACGGGUAAACUCUCGGUGUAGUUAUCAGACCGGAAGCCCGGAUAUCUUAGCUUUUUUUUCUUUUUCUUUUUCUUUCUCCUUCCCUUUCCCGCUUAGCUCGACGAAGCGGGUCAUCGUGGAGAGAGAGGGGGAUUGCGGCGUAGAGAAAGCCAAUCGGAUUAGCCAUUGAUGUGGAAACGGGAAAAGGGUUGUGGGACAAGGGCUGGGAUUCGCAGAAACACGACCAUUCCUGCGGCAUGCGGGGGAGGAGAGCGCUCGAGUGCUCGAUUCCCAAGGGAGAAGGAAGAAGAGUUGGUGCAAUACCACUACCGUGCUGGGCUGGUGCCAGGUCUCUAGGUCCAUGCGCAGUGCCGGCGCCGGAGUACCGUACAAGUAGCUGUGUGGACUAUCGCAGGCCUUAUUUCUCGGGUUUAUAUUGUUAGGGAGAGUUAUGAUACUUGUGCUUGUAGACUCUUAGGGCUGCCUAACUGGACGUCUUCGUUCGCACUUUGGCCUUAAUUCGGCCUUCACCUUACUUCGAGAGUUAGGGGUAUGAUACUGGUAGAGGUAAAUUAUGAUACCCGAUCGAAGGCCAAUGAACAGACAGUUUGGGUUAACCUACAAAAUGAUACCUAUCUUUUAUGAAAACAUCUCGCCGGAUACUUCUAUCCGAUAGAAAGUUAAUGAACGGUUAAUCCAGGUUAGCCUGCAAAAUAAUCCCAUGACUUGUAGUUGGUUUUUUCCUACGAAUUUAUGGAAUUAACCUGACCUGCCCGAAAAUACCUCCGUGGGAACUUGUACUCGAGCACCAGUGCAGACUCUGGAUGUGAGGCAUAUGCGGUUCUGGACCAACCCGAUCGCUGGGAUUUGGCUCGGGAUGUGAAAUGGAAGAGUCCCAAUUACCGCGUGAAUGGGUCACUUUGAUACUAGUGUACUCAUAUGGAUUUCCACUCCUGAUACCAUAUCACGCUUGAAUCGCGAACGGGUGUGCCCAGCAUUCUUUGCUGCGCGAGGUACCGAAAGGUGACAUCCUGGCUCAGAGGCUCCUCGCGAGCCCUUCUGGAAGAUGACAGCCUUGAAAACCAAUCCGGUUUCCACGGCCAGAUACAGUACCUCCUUUUCGCUACCAAUGUCCCCCGUGAACGAAUGGGUGUCCCAUAUCAUGCCGUGCCAUGUGGGUUUCUCGUCCUUCUCGAUAAUGCCCUUUUCCUUUGUUUUGUUCAGGAGCCCUACUGCGCCUUGAGUAUAUAAGUAUGGAUCACCAGUUGUGGGCUCUCCUGAUCUUCCUUUCUCCUACCCUGUGCUCUACAGCACCGGCAUGAUACGGGUAGUCUUCCAUCUGUCAGCCGGGGUGAUCCCGGCUGCUGCCAGACUGAGUGGAGGCACGACUCUCUCCCCCCACGACUCCGUCCAGCUGUCGUUUUGCGAUUGACCCGGGGUUAACGCGUGGUGCGGUACAAGUACUGUGCGUAUAGUGGUCUUGUGGCGAGUGGAUCACUUGGACUGACCCGGUUGCCACUUGCAAUCAUGCCUUCAUGUGGCUCAGUGACCGCCCCCCCCCCCUUCAACAGGACGAGCAUUGCUAUCGCUGAUACAAGUAUUAUGGCAAUGUCUCACUAACUAUAGCAAGGCCAUAGCAAACCGGACGCCUACGGCAUGCUACCGGCAUGCCAGUAUUUACGUCCUCAGCUGUCUGUGAACAUGUUCUCCACACCGGCCUCCACGACAAAGCAGCAGCAGCAGCACAGUCAAACCGGGAAUAGGGGGAAACGGUCCGGCAUUUUACGAAUUGAUGGCGCAGCCGCUGAAAAAGAAAUAAAAAAAAAUAAAAAAAACCUUGUGCCACACAGUUCUCGGCUGCCAGGCAAUAGCGGUUCAGCGGCGAUGGACCGUUCCCAGACUUUCCUUUUUCCUUUCUCUUUCUUUUUUCCUACAGUACCGUACUCCUUCCCCCAAGCCGCCGUUAAACUCUAAACCUGAUACAACGGUAGGAGAACCUCCUUUUCUCAUCUCACUAGGGAUUUCCACAGCUCAUAAAUCGCUUCCCUCCCCCUUCCUCCCACCCCCCAAUUCCUUGGAUGAAUGCCAUGAACUCAAAGGGGUGGAAGAAUCUAAGGAAUUUGAUUAUCGGAAUAACUGCUACAUCUACGUCCAUUAAAAAGAGCAAAAUGACCACUUCAUCAUCCACGCGUCCAGAACCUCCAGCAACCCCGACAGCCUCGACGACAAAGAAGGAGGCUGUAUCCGCGGCAACCACGACAUCAGCGACAACAGCGACGGAGAAUUUGUCGCCAAGCACGUGCUCGCUAGAGGAGUAUGAACGGACUCGCGAGAAACUUCUAGCCCAAGAUCGUGGUCUAGCCUUCGACACCCAAGCCAUUGCUAGAGCUACCAAAGUCGAGCGCUCAGCGGACCAAGUUGUGAAGCGGAUCCGGCAGCAUGAGCGAGCACAUCUCGGCGUCUCCCCCUCUAACGGCGGCGGCUCCAGCGAGCAUUUCUUGGGGAACCUGGAAAAUAUCAAUCGCAGCCAGCUGAUGGAGAUUUCUAAGAUGAUGCCAAAGGGGGCUCAUUUGCAUUGCCAUUUCAACACAUGCCUGCACCCUUCGUUCUUGAUUAGGCAGGCGCGUGGGAUGAAGAGUAUGUUUAUUCGCAGCAGUGUCGCCUUGGUGCGGCCAGAGGAUUUCGCCUGCGCGGCUAUAUCGUUUGCAGUCCUGUCGCCUGAUACCCCUAGGUCGGACGUUUUCGAUCGGGGGUACUCGCCAUUGGGGUGGGCGCCGUAUCCGGACUUUCUGGAGAGGUUCCCCACGCAAAUGCUCGGUGGGGAAGGCCCGGAGUCUUGGUUGGCGAACAAAAUGAUUAUUAGGGAACAGGAGGCACAUGAUAUUCAUCAGACUACAGAUGGGUAUGUUUACUAUAGGGUUAGGCGAUGAGUUGUAGAAACUGAUUCUUUGAUCUUUUUCCUCCCUUUUCGCAGGAUAUGGAACCGAUUCAAUCAGAGUACACAGAUGCUGAAGGGGCUAUUCGGCUAUGAGUCCGCCUUUCGCCGGUAUGUCGGGGAAGCCAUACAAAGCUUCCUGGAUGACAAUGUUAUGUACGCCGAGGUUCGGCCGAAUUUCUUCGACAAGUUCAUCAUGACAGACAAUGGGUUAGGGAAAUUGGACCACUUUGCCUGGAUGACUAUAAUUCGGGAGGAAAUUGCCAGCAAGAUGAAGCAGCUCGCGGAGAAUGGGAGGAAGGAGGAUUUCCGUGGAUUCAAGGUAAUUUACUGCGCUCCUCGCUCUAUCGAGAAAAAGGACAUGAAGUGGUGUCUUGAUGACUGCAUGGCCCUGAAGCGAGAGUUUCCAGAUUUGAUUUGCGGUUCGUUUCGGUUUUUCUUCUUACCUCUGUCUUUGGGCCGUGUGAUAGUGGUGGGUGGGGCUGACAUUCAUCAUCUAUAGGUUUUGAUAUGGUCGGAUGUGAAGACCGUGGGAAUCCAAUAAGGCACUACUUGAACGAAUUGCUAGAGUUUCGCCGAACAUGCGAUGCCGCGGGCUUAGAUAUCCCCUUCUUAUUCCAUGCCGGGGAGACGCUGAGGCACGGUGAGUCCACGGACGAAAACCUCUUUGAUGCGAUUCUCCUUGGGUCGAAGCGCAUCGGCCAUGGCUACGGGUUGGCACGGCACCCAGAACUCAUGAAGAUCUGCCGGGAACGUGGUAUAGCACUAGAACUCUGCCCAAUCUCGAAUGAAAUCCUCCACCUUUGUCCUUCUAUUCAGGGGCAUUCCCUGCCAAUACUACUCACAAAUGGCGUACCAUGCACUAUAUCUAGCGAUAACCCCGCUUAUUUUAGGUAUCACACUCCCCCAUACCCCCCCUAGUAGUUACUGUGUUAACACAGGAUAGCUCAACACUCUCGCACGAUUUUUACCAAGUAAUGUCUGGCUUCGACUCCAUGUCUCUCCACGGCUGGCGCGUAUUGGCGGAAUGGAGCCUUGAGCACUCGUGCAUGAAUGCCUGGGAAAAGAGCUGUGCACUGGCGGAGUGGAAUAGGAAGUGGGAAGCGUUUUGUCAAUGGAUUGUGGAGGAGUUUGGAUCUAACAAGCGGUGAUUUCCGUUGUGUGGUAGUAGUGUAGUGGUCAUAGAGGAGCUGGGUUGUAGUGUAGAGGGAUGGGCAAAGGGGGGAGGGGUAGGGCUGUCUAUAGACUAGAAGCUGCGAUACAGCAGAGGGAGGGAUAGGGGGAGUAAGUAUACAUGGCUUUGCUUUAUUUUUCUUUGGGGUUCGUUGGUGCGGAGUGCGGGCGCGUGUAUUUAUGCCAAUUGCUGUAUCCUGUAACUAUGGGUAUAACAUAUAUACAUUUUUCUUCUUUACUUUAAGCUCCAGGUUUUUUUUUGUUUAUCUGUGGUUCUUUUGUUUAUUUUAUUCAAUUCUCGCGUAAUUGGGGUGUAAGUGUUUUCCCUCUCUAUCCCUAACUAGCCAUCUAUCUAAUCGAAAAGCACCGAACGAGAAGGAUACAUGUGUUGGAUUUUCAUUUUGGAUAUCAAUUCCACAACCCGUCUCGUUCCCCCCCCCUAACUUCAUCCCGUACUACUGGUAAUCGGUGUUGUACAGUGCUAGUGCGAAUAUACCGAUUUACCGUAGAAACCCGAAUAAUCGACCCUUUUACUACCGUAUGUCGUUGGGAUUUCCUCACUCGGAAGGGCCUGACAAAUUUUCCCUUUUUUUCUCCGUUUCGGAGGAUGGAAGAGGGGCUGUGCUGUUGCUAUGUGAAGCGCGUCGCCCACUUUCUAGAGAAGGGAAUUUUUGACUGCAUACGAUUCCAACACGUUUUUAAUCGUUCAAGUUUCUACGUACAGAAUCGUACGGAACCCCAUCCGUGGCUGCGCCCACGAGAUCGGACGAAUAAGAUCUCGGUUUGAGAACUCUAGCAAUUUAUUUACCAAGAGGGAUGGUGACACUUUCCCGGAUCUCGCUAUUUUCUCGAACGUGACCAUUUGGCACGCGGCAUGCGGUGGAUAGGGGUAUGAUCCGGUCCUUGUUGCACGUGUAUGAUACGGUAGCAGUGUAUCAUAAUGUCAACGGUGAACCUGGCACAGGCACCCACGCUGCCUAACGGGACGGAAAACCUCCGUGUCUAGCCCGCGAUCCCUAGCCCCCCCCCCCCGCUCCCCCUUUUCCCUCAUUGCAUAUGGUACGGCACUUACGAGCUUGUCCCACACUGCCGUUAGAGCCUUAUACUCGAGUACCGUACUGUAUUAGUACACACUUUCGCGUGUCUGGACGGCACUGUAGUGGAUGCGCCGCGAAUCCAGUACGAUGCGCCCUGGUGGAUAACCGUCUAGCACAACCCUCGUUUAUACCACUACCACCAUAUAUGACGCAAAGUGGCGAAGGUAGAGCACUCGGGGACUCAACUACGGUAGGGACGGAUACCGGUACUCGAGUAGGUGGGAGAGUGUGGUUGGACGGGUCCUAGACUACAGUAAGGAAUUGAGUUUAGGACAAGUGAGGCUUGUCUGUUGGUUGAUUGGUUGGUAUCAUACGGUAUAGGAAUGGAGGCUAUGCUCUUCGGCGGGUUGUCUCGGCGGGGGUAUUCC